AGGACCAGCCCCCCCGGCGCCGAGCUCUCGCAGGGGAGCCGCGCCCUGGAGCCGUCGGAGGAGGCCGCCUCUCGCACGCUCCCCCCCGCGGAGAGGGCGGCGCGGCUUCCGGAGCACGAGGGCGCCGAGGCGGUGCCCACCGAGGGAGGCCCUUCAAAGCAACACCGAGCCAGCACUGCUGGGAGCUACAGGGAGCUUGAGGCACUGCUACCGCUGCGAGUGCCGUGCCCUCUGGUAUGUAUCCCUGCUGGAACUUCUGGUGUGGGCUUCCUCUUUCGCCAGGCUUUGCAGUGGAACGUGUGUUACCGUUGCACGUGUCUUGGAGAACUUGCUCAGUAGCAGUGGUACAUGCUAUGAAUUUCACUGGCCGCCCCGCGUGGAAGAACACGCCGCGCGCAGCCAGUGUCGGUCACCGCUCCCGCCGGCAGUCUGGGAUGGGCUCCCUGACUCGUCACGGUUGGCAGAUGUCGGCGAGUACAAUCGGUGCGGUUAUUCGCCGAAGAUGGUUUGUUCCUACAAGUGUUGUCGCGUCUGGAUAGUUGUUCAAACAUCGAUUCACCUGUCGGUCACGGUGGCGCAUCUGCUCCAAGAGCUCGUGAUCUGCUGAGCCCCCGGGGUUGUUGGGCUAUCCACAAUUUGAACCGCGACGGGUCACGUCUCGGAGAGUCCUCGUUGAGAACUUCGCGCCAAGAUCCCAGGCGCGCGCGUCCGCCAAGGGCCUUCGAAGCGAGGCAUUCACGAGCAAGGAUGCCAGCCCGAGGGACGCCGAGCUGUCUGCCGUCCGACGCCACAGGCCCAAAGGUGCCUGUCUACGCCAUCGACCUGGGCUGGGGGCGACAAGGGCAUGGGCGAGGCCUCCACCAUGGUCGUCUCUUUCGCGCCGCGCAGCAGAUGCGGGAUCCCUGCCUUCUACACAGAGGACAGGCCCGACCCAACAGCAGUGGCGUGGGGCUGCGGCGGGCGCGGCGCGGCGGCACGGAGGCGCCGCGCGCCCCCCGGGGGGCGCAGCGCCCGUGCGGAGGCCGCGGCCUCUCGACGUCCGCGGCGCG